AUGGACUGGCAUCCUAGACAAAGGACGAAACAAUCUACCAAGGCUGCAAGAGGGAGUGAAAUAUUCUUACUCGGAGCUACUGAUGGGAAAUGCCACAUAAUUUCUAAAGAGAAAAGAAUAGAGAGAACUUCGGAUGCUCAUCAAGGGGCUGUUCUAUCUGCGAAAUGGAAUUUCGAUGGAACUUCUUUUGCCACAUCUGGAGAAGACGGACAAAUAAAAAUCUGGUCACGGAGUGGGAUGUUAAGAUCCACUUUGUGUCAACACAGUUAUCCGAUCUACUCGUUUUCAUGGGGUGAUAACUCUAAUAUGAUGCUUUUUUCCCUUGACAGACAACUAGUUAUACAAUCUCUUCAAGCGAAUGUUAAACCUUUUGCCUGGAAAGCUCAUGAUGGUGUCAUUUUGCAAGUUGAUUGGAAUGUCAUCAACAAUCAACUUAUUUCCGCUUCAGAGGAUUGCAAAUACAAAGUAAAACACCACGAUUAUAACCGUAUUUUAGUUACUUCGAUUUCAUGGUCUCCUGAUGGUCAGUUAUUUGCAGUUGGAUCGUAUGCUACUGUAGUGUUGUGUGAUAAACUUGGGUGGAUUCAUGCUUUGGAGAAAACACAUACUGGUAGUGUUCUGAGUAUCAAAUGGUCUCCUGAUGGUAAUCAAAUAGCGUGUGCUGGUGGAAAUGGUCGAAUAAUUAAUGGAUAUGUUACUGAAAGAUGUUUAGAAUGGAAUGGUUUUGAAGCAGUGUUGACAGAUGAACGAACUGUUGUAUUGCACAAUCUACGGAAUGAAUCGAUAGAACGUUUAGAAUUCCGUGAUCGCGUAUCAAAAGCAUCAUUCAGUUUCAAUUACUUUAUUGUAAUAACUAGCACUCAGUGCUAUGUAUACAAUAUUAAAAAUUUCAAUACACCCACCAUUAUUGAACUUAAAGAGUCCAACGUUACUCAUAUUUCUCAAUGUCAGAAAUAUUUUGCUUUAGCUGAUGGAUCCAGUGUGUAUAUCUACAAUUAUGAUGUACGUCUUGUUUGUUCAUUAAAACAUGCUAAUAUACACGCGGAACAAAUUUAUGCAGAUUCUUUAACUAUGAGCAAUGAUGUAAUUGGUAUUAAAGAUCAAUUAGAUAAGAAAAUUAUUCACUUAUUUGAUCCAUCGAGUGGUAAAACGCUAGGUGAUGGGAAACCAAUAUCACAUUCGAAUGAAAUUAUUAAAAUCAGUUUAAAUCAAAUGGGUAAUUCAUUUGAUCGUCGAUUGGCUCUGUUAGAUAAUAACAAAGACUUAUAUUUAAUGUCAAUUAGAAUACUUGGUAAUCAAAGGAAAAUGGUUAAAUUAGCUACAAUGGUUAGUUCAUUUCUAUGGGCUGAGACAUCAAAUAUUUUGGCAGCCAUAACAAACGAUAAACUUGUCAUCUGGUUCUAUCCUGAUAUUGCACUGACCAAUAGUGAUAUACUUAACUUAACACAAGAAGAACAUAACAUAAUUGAUGAUUAUGGGAAACAAUUGGAACUGAUUAAUUUUUAUCGAGAUCGAAUAAUGAUAAAACGAGCUGAUGGAAGUACUGUUUAUUGUCCGAUUUCAAUUUACCCUGAUAAACUACAUCAAUUAGUUAGUCUAAGUAAAUGGAAUGAAGCACUGAAGUUAUGCUGGACAGUUAAGGUCGAUAAAGUGGAAUAUAUUCGAUAUAUCAAAAGUUUACCUACAACAGAAAUGAAAAAUGCUGAAAUGUUACUUUUAUCAGGUGAAUAUCAAGAGGCUGAAGCAAUUCUACUACAGAAUCAUUUAUAUUUUCGUGCUAUCAUGCUCAAUUUGCAUGCAUUUAAAUGGAAUAGAGCACUUGAAUUGGCAAAUAAAUAUAAUUUAGCAGUUGAUAUUGUAUUAUCAAUGAGACAUGAUUAUUUAAAACAAUUAAAUCGUGUUGAAGAAUUACAUUUAUUCAAUUCACAAUCAAAACAAAGUACAUUAGAUGCAUCGGAAUUGAAAGAAAGAAUUGACGAGGAAUAUCUAAAUGAGAAGAAACAACUCCAAGAAUUAUCAACCACUUGA